CAGGAACAUAGUGCAGCAAUAAAAGAAUGAGGAAGCUGGCUCUUGUGUUCAGAGCUUCUUCUCUUCCUCUAUAAACAGUUCAUAGGAUUUCCCCCUCCACAAUCCCAAAACAGAUCACUUCUCUACUCUAAACAAUGUCUUUAAGCUUGAGGAAUCUCUCAUCUUCAUACAAAAUCUUCUCCCUCUCUUUGCUUCUUUUAUUUCAUUGUUGUUACUCCCAGCUUAAUGAGCAAGGCCAAGCUCUUUUAGCAUGGAAAAACAGUUUAAACAGUUCUGCAGAUGCAUUAGUAUCUUGGAAUCCUUCCAGCACAAGCCCAUGCAAUUGGUUUGGGGUGCGCUGCAACUUAGAAGGAGAGGUGGUUGAGAUAAACCUGAGUUCAGUGAACUUGCAAGGCUCGUUACCUUCAAAUUUUCAACUUUUCAGGAAUUUGAAGAUUCUUGCCCUCUCAGCAGCCAACAUCACAGGCAGGAUUCCAAAGGAGAUUGGAGACUGUAAAGAGCUCACUUUCAUUGAUCUCAGUGGCAAUUCUCUCUUUGGUGAAAUCCCAGAAGAAAUUUGCAGGCUGAGCAAACUGCAGACUUUAGCUCUGCAUACCAACUUUCUUGAAGGCAACAUUCCAUCCAGCAUAGGAAAUUUAUCGAGUCUGGUGAACUUGACACUCUAUGACAACAAACUGAGUGGUGAAAUUCCAAAGAGUAUUAGCUCAUUAACUGAGCUCCAAGUGUUGAGAGUAGGAGGGAACACAAACCUUAAGGGUGAGGUGCCAUGGGAUAUUGGAAACUGCACCAACUUGGUGGUGUUAGGCCUUGCAGAAACCAGCAUUUCUGGGAAUCUUCCUUCUUCAAUAGGGAUGCUGAAAAGAGUUCAGACCAUAGCCAUUUACACAACUCUGCUAUCAGGCUCUAUACCAGAAGAGAUAGGGAAGUGCAGUGAGUUACAGAACCUGUACUUGUAUCAGAACUCAAUCUCUGGUUCAAUCCCAAGUCAAAUUGGAGAGCUCAGCAAGCUUAAGAAUCUUCUCUUGUGGCAAAACAAUAUAGUUGGUACAAUCCCAGAAGAGCUUGGAAGCUGCACUCAACUGGAAGUCAUAGACAUGUCAGAAAAUCUUCUCACAGGGAGCAUACCAACCAGUUUUGGUAAGCUAUCAAAUCUGCAAGGGCUUCAACUGAGUGUUAACAAGAUUUCAGGCAUUAUACCUCCUGAAAUCACAAAUUGCACUUCCCUGACUCAACUGGAAGUUGACAAUAAUGCUAUCUCUGGAGAGAUUCCUCCUGUUAUCGGAAACUUGAGAAGCUUGACUCUCUUCUUUGCAUGGCAGAACAAGCUGACAGGAAAAAUCCCAGAUAGUCUUUCACAGUGCCAAGAUCUUCAGGCACUUGAUCUCUCUUACAACAAUUUAACUGGUCCAAUACCCAAACAACUUUUUGGACUGAGGAACCUCACUAAACUACUGCUUCUUUCCAACGAUUUGUCUGGCUUUAUACCACCUGAGAUAGGUAAUUGCACAAGCCUCUACAGGUUGAGGUUAAAUCACAAUAGACUGUCAGGUACAGUUCCAUCUGAGAUCACCAACUUGAAGAAUUUGAACUUUUUGGACGUGAGCAGCAAUCAUCUUGUAGGGGAAAUUCCUCCUACACUAUCCAGAUGCCAAAACCUUGAGUUUCUGGACCUUCACUCAAAUAGUCUUAUUGGCUCAGUUCCAAACAAUCUGCCCAAAAACCUGCAGCUAAUCGACCUCUCAGACAACAGACUAACAGGUGAACUGAGCCAUUCCAUUGGUUCAUUAACCGAGUUAGCCAAACUCAACUUGGGAAAGAAUCAACUCAGCGGAAGUAUCCCUGCUGAGAUCCUAUCUUGCUCCCAGUUACAACUUCUGGACUUGGGAAGCAAUAGUUUCUCUGGAGAAAUUCCCAAGGAAAUUGCUCAAAUUCCUUCACUAGAAAUCUUUCUCAAUCUUAGCUGUAACCAGUUUUCUGGUGAAAUUCCACCCCAGUUCUCCGGUCUUAGAAAACUUGGAGUGCUUGACCUCUCCCACAACAAGCUCUCAGGGAAGUUGGAUACUCUCUCUGACCUUCAAAACCUUGUUUCUUUAAAUGUUUCCUUCAAUGACUUCACCGGAGAAUUGCCUAACACCCCAUUCUUCAGGAAGCUCCCUCUCAGUGAUCUCACAGGAAAUGAUGGCCUCUACAUUGUUGGUUCUGUAGACAGAAAGGAAGCCAAGGUUCAUGCCAGGUUGUUUAUGAAAAUUAUAUUAUCCAUUCUCUUAAGCACCAGUGCAGUACUAAUACUGCUCACAAUCCAUGUCUUGAUUCGUGCUCAUGUUUCUAACAAAGCAUUCACGGGAAACAACAAUUGGGUGUUAACUCUGUAUCAGAAGUUUGAAUUCUCAGUUGAUGAUAUUGUCCGGAAUUUGACUUCAUCCAAUGUGAUUGGCACUGGAAGCUCUGGAGUUGUGUACAAGGUUAAAGUACCAAAUGGCCAAACACUAGCAGUUAAAAAGAUGUGGACAUCGGCAGAGUCAGGAGCAUUUACUUCUGAAAUUCAAACACUGAGUUCAAUUAGACAUAAAAACAUCAUCAAGCUUCUGGGUUGGGGGUCCAGCAAGAACAUGAAGCUGCUGUUUUAUGAGUACCUCCCUAACGGAAGCUUGAGCUCAUUACUUCAUGGUUCAGGAAAGGGAAAAGCAGAAUGGGAAAUCAGAUAUGAUGUUAUGGUAGGAGUGGCUAAUGCACUUGCAUAUUUGCACCAUGAUUGUGAGCCUUCCAUAUUGCAUGGAGAUGUCAAAGCCAUGAACGUGUUGUUAGGUCCUGGCUAUCAGCCUUACCUAUCUGACUUUGGCCUAGCUAGAAUUGCAAGUGAAAAUGGUGAUUGUACAAAUUCCAAGCCAUUUCAAAGACCCUACCUUGCUGGCUCCUAUGGGUACAUGGCUCCAGAACAUGCAUCUAUGCAGCAGAUCACUGAGAAGAGUGAUGUGUACAGUUUUGGGGUGGUCCUACUUGAGGUCCUGACAGGAAGGCACCCUCUUGACCCAACACUUCCUGGGGGUGGUGCACACUUGGUUCAGUGGGUUAGGAACCACUUAGCCAGCAAAGGAGACCCAUCUGACAUUCUUGACCCAACACUCAGAGGGAGAACUGAUUCCACAGAGCAUGAAAUGUUACAAACUCUAGCUGUCUCAUUUCUAUGUGUCAGCACCAGAGCUGAGGACCGUCCAACAAUGAAGGACACUGUUGCAAUGCUUAGGGAAAUCCGAUUUGUUGAGGCACCAACCGCAGCUUCUGAUGCAUCGAAUGGAGUUUCAACAGUGCAUGCUUCUCCAUCACCUCUUAAAACUGUAGUUUCACAUGGAACUUCUAAAUGUUCCUUUGAUUUUUCUGAGGACUCAAUCUGUUGAGCUAGCAUUCUAGUCAUGAAGAAAGUAUGAAUAUGAUUUACAUCGUUUGUGCAUAGUCAAAUGGAAUGUCAGUUAUAGCUGGUCGCGAUUGCUAGAGAGCUCAAAUGUAAUCUAAGAUAUGUGCUGCAUAUUUCAAGAAACCAUGUAUUGGAUACAAAUAAAAAGCAUUCUAGAAUAUAGAGAGCAUUUCACCCAGAAAA